AUGUCUCGUUUUGAAGAAAAAUUUUAUUUACAGAAUGUUUUUGAUACGAUUGAUCAAGUUUAUAAAAUGAAAAAAACACAACAAAUAUUAUCAUAUGAAGAACGUUUACGUAAUUCAUUUAAUAAAUUACUUGUACCAGAUUGGUAUAAUCAUGAAUAUAGUUUAACAAAUGUUUUAAGAAAAACAAAAUCUCAUGGACAUGUACAACGUAUUAAACGAACAAAUCAUAAUAAUAAUAAUAAUGAUGAUACACCUGAUAUAUCAAUAUCAUCAUCAAUAAAUUCACCACAUUUAUCUAAUGGUACAUAUAGACAAUCUUAUCGUCAUAGAUCACCAAGUCGUUCAUGGUCAGAAAAACCUCCAUUAAGACGUGAUUCAACAACAUCAAGUUAUGAUACAAAUACAAGUAUUAUACAUGGUAGACGUUUUACAACAUCAAGUAGUUCAUCAUCAUCAUAUGCACCUGGUCAACAACGUGUUGCUCAAUCAUCAACAUGGUAUAAACCACGAAUAUUUGCAACGAAAAUUACAAAUGGACAUUCAAAUGAACCGCCUAAACCUUUACCAAGAUAUUCAAAAAUUGAUCCUGGACAUAAAAAUUCAUUGAAUUCUUGUUCUUUAUUGACAAAAAUUGAUAAUGUUCAUCAUCAUCAUCAUCCUAUAAAACCACGUACAAUGGCACAACCACCAGUAUCAUCCGAUGAAUCUGCUCUUGAUGUAUCAUCUGAAGGUGAUGUGACAAUUGUUCAAAAUUCAUCAAUACAAGAAACAAAUAUUGAAGAAUCUCUUAUAGAUAAAAAUGAAACAACAAAUAUUCCUCGUACAAAUUCAACAAAAAGUCUUACAUCAGAAGCUGAAUCUUAUCGUUCAGCUAUUUUACCAUCAAUAGAUAAAAAUCUUUUAGUAACUGAUUCGUCAUCAUAUGCUAGUGUCAAUGAUCGAUGUUUAUCACCAUCAACAGCUUCAUAUCAUACAGCAAGAGCAGGUGAUACAUCAUCAUCAUCAUCAAUAACUGGAUAUGAAACACCAACACCAAAAUUAGAUGAUGAUGAUGAUGAUUAUGAUUAUCAUCAUCAUCAUGCAACAUUAUCAUCACAUAGUUCACUUUCAGAUUUAAGUCAUGCUGAAACCUUAGAACCAAGUGCUGAAGGUAAUUAUGAUCGAUAAAUAGUAACGAUCGAAAAUUUUUCUUUUGUAUUUCGUUAGAAUAAUAAGAGACAUUUUAUAUUGAUUGAAUUUAAUAAAAAAAAAACAUACUUUGUGUAUAUAGAAUCAAAACAUUUGAUAGAUGAAAACGCUUAGUG